CACCAAAAUUCCCACUCCGAAGCUGUUCGAACAACCCAACACCAUCCAGGUCGGCCGUUUCCACGACCACCUCAGAGCGCAGAAAGGGCACUUCCCACAGGUAGAAUCAGCACAACACCGCAACCAUGGCGACCACAAUAGACAAGAUCAAAGAGAUCGAGGCCGAAAUGGCCCGGACUCAAAAGAACAAAGCCACAUCAUACCAUCUCGGCCAGCUCAAAGCAAAACUCGCCAAGCUCAAACGUGAACUCCUCACCCCGUCGGGCGGCGGCGGCGGCGGCGGCGGCGUGGGCUUCGACGUUGCACGCACCGGCGUCGCCAGUAUCGGCUUCAUUGGCUUCCCCUCCGUGGGCAAGAGCACCUUGAUGAGCCUGCUGACGGGACAGCACUCCGAGGCUGCCGCAUACGAGUUCACGACGCUCACCAGCGUGCCCGGCCAGGUAGUCUACAACGGCGCGCCGCUACAAAUCAUCGACCUGCCCGGUAUCAUCGAGGGUGCCAAGGACGGCCGCGGUCGCGGCCGGCAGGUGAUUGCGGUCGCCAAGACCUGUCACUUGAUCUUCAUCGUGCUCGACGUGAAUAAGCCGCUCCACGACAAGAGGAUCAUCGAGAACGAACUGGAGGGGUUUGGGAUCCGGCUCAACAAGCAGCCGCCCAACAUCACGUUCAGGAAGAAGGACAAGGGCGGGCUCAACAUCAGCAGCACGGUGCCCCUGACGCAUAUUGAUCAUGACGAGAUCAGGGCGGUGAUGAGCGAGUACAAGAUCAGCUCCGCGGAUAUCUCCAUCCGUUGCGAUGCCACCAUCGACGAUUUGAUCGACGUGCUCGAGGCAAAGAGUCGAAGUUACAUCCCGGCCAUCUACGUGCUCAACAAGAUUGACAGCAUCAGCAUCGAGGAGCUCGACCUGCUCUACCGCAUUCCAAAUUCGGUACCCAUCAGCUCGGAGCACGGGUGGAACAUUGACGAGCUGCUGGAGGUCAUGUGGGAAAAACUCAAUCUCGUCCGGGUAUAUACCAAGCCCAAAGGCAAAAUGCCAGACUACUCGGCGCCCGUCGUGCUGCGCGCGAACAAGUGCACGGUAGAAGACUUUUGUAACCAAAUCCACAAGAGCAUCGUUGAGCAGUUCAAGGUAGCCAUUGUCUAUGGCAAGUCGGUCAAGCACCAGCCGCAGCGAGUCGGCCUCGCUCAUGAGCUGGCGGACGAGGACGUCGUCACAAUCAUCAAGCGUUAAAGCGUCUGUCCGAACGGAAUUGCCGCCGGUCGGUCCGUCGGGAACACCAACUCGGAUUCGCCGCAUGACCGGCCAUGGUUAAUCUGCACGGCGUCGUGCCCCUUUUGUUCAGGGAUCGAGCGAGCCAUGUUGACGGAAACCCAUUGGAGCAGUGUGAGCGGUGGCUGACGCUCUCCUUUCCCUGUCUGGUCCAAGAAGACUAGUUCCUU